UGGCGGGAAAACGAACUGUGAGGGACGUGAUGCUUUUAACGGCGACGCGACGUUUCGCCCUGAACAGAUUUGAUAGAUGGACUUAUUUCAAGCAGUGCAGUGCGUAUUACUCCCUAGGCUCAAAUGAUUCAUCGGAAGAUAAGUCUCAACAGUCUUGGUGGAGUGGGAAAAAUGCAUGGAAAAUAGGUUGUUUUACUUUGGGAUGUUCCAGUUUGUUUGCGGUUGGGUUUGCCGUGGCUACUUGGGGUCCUCCGAAAAAGGAUGAUAACGGAGUUGAAAUUGAAGAUAAUUUUAGUCGAAAACCAAUUAUCUGGGGAUACCUUUGUCGGACUUUCAGUUCUCUGCUUGAAUUCAACCAAAGCAUAAAGGAUCCUGUUAGUGAAAAACUCCUUCCAGAUCCAGUACAACCUCCAUAUUACCAACCACCAUAUACUCUUGUUCUGGAGAUGACCGACGUGCUUGUUCAUCCUGAUUGGAAGUUUCGCUCAGGUUGGCGCUUUAAGAAAAGGGCAGCGUUAGAUUUGUUUUUGCAACAGCUAUCUCCUCACUAUGAGGUUGUUGUCUAUACAAACGAAUCAGUAAUGAUUGGAGGUCCUGUCUUGGCUCAGAUGGAUCCUCAAGGACAGUUUAUUCACUUUCGACUGUUUCGCGAAGCAACCCGCUAUAAAGGAGGAAAACACAUCAAGGAUCUGUCAUGUCUUAAUAGAGAUCUCUCUCGUGUGGUGUUCGUUGACUGGGAUCCUGCUGCAGCUCAGUUGCAACCACGCAAUUCACUGAUUAUAAAACGUUGGGAUGGCGAUGAGUCAGACAGAGAAUUGAUAGACUUAGCUGCCUUCCUAAGAAUGAUUGCAAUGGGGAGUGUAGAUGAUGUUCGCCUUGUGCUAGAUUACUACAGAGAGUUCGAUGAUCCUCUAGCCUUCUUCCGUGAAAAGCAUGAAGAACUUAUGGAAAUUCAAGCCAAACGUAAACAGGAAACAGAAAAAGCUUUAUCGAAACGCAUUCGACCAACAUUUUCAUUUACUGGUAUGGCUAGAUCCUGAUAUUAUUGAUUUUACCAGCAAUAACAUCUCAGAACGUUGUACAGGAAUAAUCCUCAAGGGGAUUUUGAAAUCCUCUUGUUUUUAUAUAAAUAUAAUCUUAUGUGCUU